AUGCAGGCUGCCGGAGGUGGCAAAGGAUCUGACAAUUUCAAGGAUGCGUCUGAUUUAACUCUUAUGUGGGUUGGCAAGGACGAAUAUGGACGCCCGAAACUCGUAUCAGAGCACACUCUAGGGACGCGGGAUUGGCGAAUCGGGGACCCGAAUAUGGAUAUUUGCUAUGUCUGCAAACUCAAAAAUAACGUCUUUGGGUGCAGAACAUGCCUGCGCUCUUGUCAUGCCAUUUGCCUGGUUCCGCCACGGAGGGACUCGGACGUGCCCUCUCCGUUCCACUGCCCUCUCUGUGUCGAGAAGAACUGGCAUCUUAAAACCCCAGCACACAUUACUACAUUAUCCGCGGUCUCUUCACUGAAGAAAAGCGAGUUUAGCCCAAAACGUUCACACCCAGCAGUGAAUGCUGCAAACCGUUAUUCUGCAACCUGCGAAAGGUAUACGAUAUCAUGUGAGUCUGUGGCUACUCCUACCACGGCGGUAUCUCCGUCACCAGGAGCAGAAGGGUGCAUAAAAUCCCUUUGCACGUCCCAGGAGAGCGGAUUGGACGUCCCCUACCAAAACGACCCUUACCAGUCCCCCAAAGAACAAGCGCAAAACUCCACGGAUCAACGACGCUCGGAUUGCUCUGCCCAUUCGACAUUGGGAGGAGCGGCGCCACGACGUUCAAGAUACCAAACCGUCUCCAAUGAAGUCGAUGAUGCUCUUUCGACAAUAUACCGCGAACUCGAGAUGGGGGUAGAAAUUCAGUCCCGGAUGAGGGAUUUGCAAGCACGUGUCAGUUUUCUGGAGCAAGAGUUGAAUAUUGCGAAUGGACGGGUUGUUCUAUCGCAGCAGGAGGUUGCAGCGAAAUAUAUGCCCGAGGUCAAAUACCUGCAGAAUCAAUUAUGUAUGGAGAGGAAGUCCAAUGCUAGACUUGCGGAGGAGAACAGCAAACUCAAAAUUCAGCUGGAAGAGCUGUCGUUGGCUGAUCGCUCGAGGGAGUUGGAGGAGUGGAAGCGAAAGCUCCGCGAUUUUAUGAACGGCGGCGCUUGA